CGCAGGUCCCGGCUCUCCGGGCGCUGAGUACCCCGACCUGCGGAAGCACAACAACUGCAUGGCCAGCAACCUGACGCCAGCCAUCUACGCCAGGCUCUGUGACAAGGCAACCCCAAAUGGCUGGACCCUGGACCAGUGCAUUCAGACUGGCGUUGACAACCCUGGCCACCCCUUCAUCAAGACUGUGGGCAUAGUAGCUGGUGAUGAAGAGACCUACGAGGUGUUUGCUGACCUGUUUGACCCCGUGAUCCAGGAGCGGCACAACGGAUACAACCCCCGCACCAUGAAGCACCCCACAGACCUGGACGCCACGAAGAUAAAGUUUGGCCAGUUUGAUGAGCGCUACGUGCUCUCGUCCCGGGUCCGGACUGGGCGCAGCAUCCGUGGCCUGAGCCUGCCGCCAGCCUGCACGCGCGCCGAGAGACGGGAGGUGGAGAAGGUGACGGUGGAUGCGCUGAGCGGCCUCACCGGGGACCUGGCGGGCCGCUACUACCGCCUCAGCGAGAUGACCGAGCGGGAGCAGCAGCAGCUCAUUGACGACCACUUCCUCUUUGACAAGCCGGUGUCCCCGCUCCUGACAGCAGCAGGAAUGGCUCGGGACUGGCCUGACGCCCGAGGGAUCUGGCACAACCACCAGAAGACCUUUUUGAUCUGGAUCAAUGAGGAGGACCACACACGUGUCAUCUCCAUGGAGAAGGGGGGCAACAUGAAGCGCGUUUUUGAGCGGUUCUGCCGGGGCCUAAAGGAGGUGGAGCGGCUAAUCCAGGAGCGAGGCUGGGAGUUCAUGUGGAAUGAGCGGCUGGGUUACAUCCUGACCUGCCCCUCUAACCUGGGCACGGGGCUGCGAGCUGGUGUCCACAUCAAGCUGCCACUGCUCAGCAAGGACAGCCGCUUCCCUAAGAUCCUAGAGAACCUCCGGCUACAGAAGCGUGGGACGGGUGGUGUGGACACUGCGGCUGUAGGCGGCGUCUUUGACAUCUCCAACCUGGACCGCCUGGGGAAGUCAGAGGUGGAACUGGUGCAGCUGGUGAUAGAUGGUGUGAACUACCUGAUCGACUGCGAGCGGCGGCUGGAGAAGGGGCAGGACAUCCGCAUCCCCUCGCCGCUGCAGCAGUUCCGGCACUGAGGGGACGCGCCAGCGCCAGCGCUCUGGGACCAACGUCCCCCUGUAGCUUGUGCGAUCUCUGUGCCCAGCAUGUUGCUGCAUCCUGUAACCCGCAGUGCGUCAGGUCAGACCCCAUAAACGUGCGCUGGUGUA